AAGCGUUACUUUUGCAGAUGACGUCAUCACGGCGCGCCGGGUUGUGCAGCUGGCGCCAUUCUGACAAGCGUGUUUCCCCCCCCCCACCAUCUCCCUGCCAGAGUACCACUAAACACAGCUUUACCUGGAAUUUGUCUACUUCUGUGUUUUCUCGUCUGCAGUGACUCUCUUAGGUAUAUCCAGCUAUGGAUAUAGACGGUGCCAGUUCGGUGGUGCUGAAGACUUUAACCCAAGCCACCAGUCAGGACACGGCCAUGCUGAAGCCCGCCGAGGAGCAGCUCAAACAGUGGGAGACACAGCCCGGCUUCUAUUCGGUUCUCCUGAACAUUGUUAAUAACCAUAUCCUGGAUGUGAAUGUCAGAUGGCUGGCAGUACUCUACUUCAAAAACGGCAUUGACAGAUACUGGAGGCGAGUGGCCCCGAACGCUUUAUCAGAGGCGGAGAAGACCACGUUACGUGCUGGUCUCAUCACAAACUUCAACGAGCCUGUCAAUCAGAUAGCAACCCAGAUAGCGGUACUGAUAGCCAAGGUAGCCAGGCUGGACUGCCCUCGGCAAUGGCCGGAGCUCAUCCCCAUUCUGCUGGAGUCUGUCAAGGUCCAGGAUGGCCUGCAGCAGCACAGAGCGCUGCUCACCUUCUAUCACGUCACCAAAACGCUCUCAUCGAAACGUCUGGCAGAGGACAGACGGCUAUUUCAAGAUUUGGCGUCGGGCAUUUACAGCUUCGCGUGUUCCCUGUGGAGCCACCACACGGACUGCUUCCUCCAGCAGAUCUUUGCCCGUGACGAGACGGCAGCAAUGGCAUCACUGGAAAGAACACUGCUGUCUCUUAAAGUAUUACGCAAGUUGACCGUCCACGGAUUCCAAGAGCCACAACAGAAUAUGGAAGUGAUGGGUUUCCUGAAUGCAGUGUUUGAAAGGCUAAAGCAGUUCCUGGAAUGUUGUCGACAACUUGGUGCAGGCAGCACUUGUAGAGAAAAGCUGGAAAAGACGAUCAUUCUCUACACUAAAGUUUUGUUGGAUUUCUUGGAGGGGCAUCCCUGUGCAUUUAUACCACUCAUCCAGUGCUCGCUGGAAUUCGCUGUGGGCUACGUGUUCACGCCAGUCGGGGAAGGCGUCACCUUCGAGCGCUUCAUCGUCCAGUGCAUGAACCUCAUCAAGAUGAUUGUUACGAACGACGCCUAUAAACCUGCCAAUAACAUCGAAGAGAGUAAACCGGAGAGUCUGGAGGCUCACAAGAUCAAGACGGCUUUCUUCACACAACCCACGCUGAGAGAGAUCGGAUGCCGGCUUGUCUCCCACUAUUUCCUUCUCACAAAGGAGGAGCUGGACAUGUGGGAAGAGGAUCCCGAGAGCUUUGCUGUUGAGGAAACAGGAGGCGACUCGUGGAAAUACAGUUUGAGGCCCUGUACAGAAGUGUUGUUUUUGGAUAUCUUCAACAACUACGGCCGGACCUUGACUCCUGUGCUCCUGGAUAUGGUUCAGAAUCUCCACGGCCCAACCAACGUGGAAGAUCCUGUUCAGUUGUUAAUGAAGGAUGCGGUGUUCAACGCAGUGGGAUUGGUUGCCGACCAGCUGUAUGACAAUGUGGACUUUGACCAGUGGUUCAAGAAUCAGCUUCUCGGGGAGCUGCAAGUCAGCCAUCACAGGUACAAGCUGAUUCGACGGCGAGUCAUCUGGCUAAUAGGCCAGUGGAUCUCAGUCGGAUUCAAAUCGGACCAUCGCCCUUUACUCUACGAGGUCAUUCUUAGUCUCAUGCGGGAUCCGGACUUAGUGGUGCGGAUUGAGACGGCUACAACCCUGAAGCUCACCGUCGAUGACUUUGGUUUCCAGACAGAGCAGUUCUUCCCUUACUUGGAGUCCAUAUUCGGUCUGCUCUUCCAGCUGUUGCAGCAGGUGACAGAGUGUAACACCAAAAUGCAGGUGCUCCAUGUCAUCUCCUGCGUUAUUGAAAGAGUCGACGUGCAGAUCCGACCACAUGUAGGUUGUCUGGUGCAGUACUUGCCCCUGCUUUGGAAGCAAUCCGAAGACCACAACAUGCUACGAUGCGCCAUACUCACCACUCUUAUUCACCUUGUGCGGGGCCUCGGUGCAAAGAGCAAGAACCUGUACCCCUUCCUUCUUCCUGUCAUCCAACUGAGCACAGAUGUCUCCCAGCCACCUCAUGUGUAUUUGCUGGAGGAUGGAUUGGAGCUUUGGUAUGUGACUUUGGAGAACAGUCCUGCCAUCACCCCCGAGCUGCUCCGAAUUUUCCAGAACACGUCAGCUCUACUGGAGUUGAGCUCGGAGAACCUGCUUACGUGCUUCCAAAUUAUCAAGGCCUACCUGUACUUGUCUCCAACGGAGUUCCUCCAGAACUAUGCCGAAUCCUUAUGUCAGUCCUUCUGUGAGCUGCUAAAAGACAUCACGAAUGAGGGACAGGUCCAAGUUCUGACGGUGGUAGAACUAGCUCUAAAGGUUAGACCCAUCCUGGGUACCCAUAUGUUCCAGCCCUUGCUGCCAGCUGUCCUCAGAGGUUUAGUGAACGGCGAGCGAUACCCCGUGAUGAUGUCCACCUACUUCGGCAUCGUGGGCCGCAUCCUUUUGCAGAACUCCAGCUUCUUCUCAUCGCUGCUCACUCAGAUGGCCUCCGAGUGUGGCCAGGAGAUGGACCAGUUGUUAGGCAGUGUGAUUGAAAUGUGGGUGGACCGCAUGGACAACAUCACGCAGACUGAAAGGAAGAAGCUGUCCUCUCUGGCCCUGCUUUCGCUCUUGCCGUCUGACAACAGUGUGAUCCAGGACAAAUUUUGUGGCAUUAUCAACAUCUGUGUCGAGUGUUUGCAUGACGUGAUGACGCUCGAUUACGACACGAACACCUACGAAGACUGCAUGCUAAAGAGCCACUUUGAGGAGCCCGAGCUGAGUGACUAUGAGGAUCUGCUGACCGAACAGGACAAGAGGAAGAAACUAUUGGACCUGGAGGACCCUGUGCACAGUGUCUCGCUCCAGCAGUUUGUCUACGAGAAGCUGAAGGCUCAGCAGACCCUUCUGGGGGACCCGAGCUUCAGCGGACUCAUGGAGACUGUGGACACAGAGCUCGUAAAGGACCUCCAGGAGUUCCUGCGGGGCUUCUGAACCACAAACACAGUCCUUCACCACCGUUCACAACAAAUGGUUGCCAUUUAAUCCUCAUCGGCUUCUUUCCUUUGAAGAAGAAAGAAAAGAAAAACUCGAUCCAACAUGUGGCACGCAAAUCCAGAUCUUCCCAAAA